UCCUCAAGGAAACGCAGGAACGAGGAAACUGAAGUUCCUUCCCUCCAACGCAAGAGUCGUUCUCGUCUGAACGACGAGAAAAAUCCUUCCGAGGAUGCUGGGACCAGUCUGGGAUCAAAACCAGAAGAAAAAGAAGAUCCACAACGGGCCCCGGAGUCCGACUUGCCAACUCAGCUUCUUGUCCUGCCUUCGCGGGACUCUGAGAACCGGGAAUCCGUCCGUCAGGAGAUUCCGAUCCCCACUGGUAAGUAGAGUGACUUCGUAUUUCUAUCUCGCUACGAGUUCAUUUUGAUGUUUUAUUUUAUUUUAACAGCUCCUCCGAAGUCACCAGCUGAUUUCAUGAGGAACUUUACUCCUGUUGGGAUGAGGAUUCCUCCCUUUAGUGACUUGAAGGAGGUCAACAGAGCGAACUACUUUCGCUUCGCUGAUAAACUCGGAGAGUUAAUGCUCGAGUACAACACCACCUUCUCCUGCCACGAGUCCCAGCUCUUUCCUGUUAACGAGCUGGAUGGUCUCAGGGCCCGGGUCGCCGAACUCGAAGAAGAAGUUCGUCAACUCAAGGAGAUGGAGGAAGAAAAUGCCAGGGCGGUGGCAAAGGCAAACGAGAUCCGGGAGCGAAUGCUGGAGGCCGAAGGUCGCUGCAACCUUCUUGACAUUGCCAAGACUGAUCUUUCCGAGAAGCUGAAGAUCGGGAAGAACCUGUAUCUCGAGGCAUGUGAAAAGAUUACCUCGCUGGAAGCUGAAGUUAAGCGAAGCGAGGAAUGGUGCAAGAUCGCUGCUGAGAAACGGGACGAGGAGCUCGCAGCAGCAAAAAAAGAUGAAAGGUUGAGGCUUCGUGAACUCUAUAGCGGACUCGCCUCGAAGCAUGAGACCUACUACCAGGCCAUCAGUGAUAAUGAGAUUAUUGGGACGCGUCUUGCCGAAACUCGGGCGAACCGAGAGCUUCUUGAGGAGAUUCUGAAGGGAGAGAUUCCGGACUUAAAAGCCGAACUAGAGUCGGUAAAGAAAGACGAGGAAGAGGCUGAGAAGAAAGCUCGCGAGGUAAGCGCUCUCAGACCUCAACCAAAUGAGUUCGCUCAUCUCUUUGUUGCGACUCCCCCAGAGCCCGUGCAAGAGACAUCUCUUCCCGAAGAUGAUGUCGCCAUUGAUGAGUUCGGAACUAAUAAAGGUUUCAUGACUGGCCAGGACUUCGAAGCCGCCGUUCUGCCCGAGGAGAUGCAGCAAGAUCCCGACGUCAAGGGUCAAUGA